AAGCCACAAGGUGACCCUGAAUUCAGGACCCAGGAGCAUGAGGCUAGAGGGACAAGAGACAGCUGGCCAGCCACGAGCGACCAUGCUGCCCACACCCAAUGGCAGUGGGCCGAGCCAGGAGCUUGAAGGCCAUUGGCCAGAGACCACAGAGAGGUCCCCGUGUGUGGCCGGUGUCAUCCCUAUGAUCUACUACAGCAUCCUGCUGGGCCUGGGGCUGCCUGUCAACCUCCUGACCACGGUGGCCCUGGCCCGCCUUGCCGCCAGGACCAGGAAGCCGUCUUACUGCUACCUUCUGGCGCUCACGGCCUCGGACAUCGUCACCCAGGUGGUCAUCGUGUUCGUGGGCUUCCUCCUGCAGAGGGCAGUGCCGGUGCCCCGGGCGGUGGUGCACACGGCUCACAUCCUCGAGUUCGCCGCCAUCCACGCGUCAGUCUGGAUCGCCGUCCUGCUCACGGCUGACCGGUACAGCGCCCUGUGCCACCCCCUGCACCAUCGCGCGGCGUCCUCCCCAGGCCGGACCCGCCGCGACAUUGCCAUCGUCCUGGGUGCUGCCCUGCUCACUGGCAUCCCCUUCUACUGGUGGCUGGAUGUGUGGAGGGACCCGGACCCGCCCAGCACCCUGGACGAGGCCCUCAAGUGGGCUCACUGCCUCACGGUCUACUUCAUCCCCUGCGGCGUCUUCCUGGUCACUAACUCAGCCAUCGUCUGCCGCCUGCGGAGGAGGGGCCCGAGCGGGCUGCACACCCGGCUGGGCAAGAGCACGGCCAUCCUCCUGGGGCUCACCACGCUCUUCACCUUCCUCUGGGCCCCCCGCAUCUUUGUCAUGCUCUACCACCUCUACGUGGCCCCCGUCCACCGGGACUGGAGGGUCCACCUGGCCUUGGACGUGGCCAACAUGGUAGCCAUGCUCCACACAGUCGUCAACUUUGGCCUCUACUGCUUUGUCAGCAAGACUUUCCGGGCCACCAUCCGAGAGGUCAUCCACGAUGCCCACCUGCCCUGCAUCCUGGGGUCACAGCCAGGGGGCACGGUGGUGGAGCCCGUGCUGAAGCCUCCAGGAUUCCCCGAAGGGACAGAGUUGUAGAGGUGGGGCCC